AUGUCGAAGACGACAUCUUCAACGAAAUCAAACCCCACGGCCGCUACAACAGUAGCUACGGGAUCGACAUCCACCACCCAGUCCACGAGCACCUCAGAUCAGACUACAUGGAACCACGCCGAGUGGGAUAAUAUAUCUCGGUACAGGGAGAGUCCGUCUUGGAUGGAGCCGUAUUAUGCUGCCGAGCGCAUGAAGGAUAGGGAGGGUCAUCGGAGACGCAUUGGGGAGAUGGUCAAGGGGGUGGAGGGCAUCCUGGGUCUGGAACCGGAACGGCCAUAG